AUGAUCUUGUGGUACAGACUUGACAAUCCUAAUCCUAUAUAUACUUUGGACAUAAGGAAAACUACUAUCAAAAGGGCUAAACAUUUUCCUUCACCUGAAGUACAAGAAAGGAUUCAUUUUGAUGUGAGUGUUCACCCCCCAGUUCUAAUCAUCACCCCUGUUGUGCCAGAAGAUGCAGAAGUAUACAAAUGCCGAGUAGAUCUUCGAAAGACACGGACUCUUAUUCUUCAAAGUAGACUGAAAGUCAUUGUGCCUCCUCAUGAUCCUAUCAUAAUGGAUGAAUACGGACAACGAUUGAAAGGUGUCAUUGGUCCUUUUGACGAAGGUUCUACACUGACAUUGAUAUGUGAUGUUGAUGGAGGAAAUCCCCAUCCGUCUGUUACGUGGUGGCGAGAUGAGGUACUCGUGGAUGACAUUUUCAAUGUAACAACAAAAGGCUUUGUCCGAAACAAAUUGACGGUGAAUAAAAUCAGGCGUUCAGAUUUAAUGGCUCAAUACUCCUGCAAGGCGUCAAACACGAAUCUUACAAAACCCAAAGUGGAAUCCAUUCAUUUGGAUAUGAAUCUGUUGCCAUUACACGUGGAAAUCAUUGAUUCGAAUCAUCCGAUGCUGGCUGGGGAGCGUUAUUACAUAGAAUGCCAAGCUAAAGGAUCCAGACCCCCUGCAAUAACUCGCUGGUGGCUCGGUGGAAACAAAAUUACUUCUGGAUUUAGUGAAGAAAUCGACGAGGAAAAUGGAAAUAUCACCACCAACACAUUGCAGUUUGUACCUAUUCCGGAAGAUGACGGCAGACCUCUCACUUGUAAAGCUGCUAAUCCUGCUAUUCCGAAAACAACUAUAGAAACAACUCUAAAUCUAAAUAUUCAUUUUAUACCGGUGGUAAAUUUAACAGUCAAUGGCAGUUCAAAAAAUAUGGAUAUCAUCGAAGACAAUUACAUACAUAUGGAAUGUUCUAUUUCAGCCAAUCCGCCUGUGUAUGAUAUAACUUGGUAUUUUAGGAAACAUACUGUGAGAACCAUCGAACCUUUAGGUAUAUUAAUCACCAAUCAGACAUUAGUGAUUGAGAGAGCCAAAAGAGAACACAAUGGUUCAUACCACUGUUCUGCAGAAAACUUCGUCAAUCGUGGAACAAGCAACUCAAUUCAUCUAACUAUCAAAUAUACUCCCAAAUGUAAAAGACACGAUCCACAGAAAUUCGUCAUAUCUGAAACAGAGACAGUAAAUGUCUCGUGCGAUGUAUAUGCGGACCCUAAUAAUGUAUCAUUUCUGUGGUCCCUGGAAAAUUCGGAAGGCAUAGUAAUCCUUCAAAACUGGAGCAGCUUGUAUGUUCUAAAUUAUUCACCAGUUACUGAUUCGGGUUAUGGAGUCAUAUUCUGCUGGGGACAAAAUAGUGUCGGCAUUCAAGAAUCUCCUUGUCAAUUCCAGUUGUUUGCUGCAAGCAUUCCGGAUGCUCCCCACAGCUGCAUUGUAAGCAACUUGACCCUUCAUUCCUUUUCUGUUGAAUGUGAGGCGGGUUACAAUGGUAGCCUUCUUCAAGUGUUUCAUUUAGAAGUCUAUAGCUCAAAGAAAGAAGAGCUUAAGUAUAAUGUGACACAGGUAAAAAGCCCUACUUUUAAAAUAGAUGGUCUAUCUCCAGGAACUUCCUAUGUUCUUCUGGUCUAUUCUUCCAACGUGAAAGGGGCGAGUCAUUCCGUUGCUCUUGUUGCAACAACACUGCACCCUGCAGAGCGGAGAACAGCGCAAGAAACUCAAAUAGUUAUCCUUUGGAGAAUUCUAAUUGGCGUUAUUGUGAUUGUAUUCUUCUUACUUUCCGUGAAUGGGUUGGUCCUAAUCGCUCGUAAGCUACAAGAUAAUGCAGAUCUUUCCGAAGAAAAUGUACGAAAUAGCAACGAGGCCGAGAAGAAAGAUUUGGAAGAAGGUGCAGAUGCAAAUGAGAAAGGGCCAGACAUAAUCCCUCAGUCAGCGGACUCAGAAGUAUUCUUCAUGAGUGGAAAAUUGGUUGAAGCUCCGAAUACAACCGACAUUGAGACGUUGCCGUUUGAGCCACGUAAAUAUAAGCAUACAGUUUUAUAACAAAAAUGGAAGAUAAAUUGGACUUACGAAAAGGUUUUAUUUAAAGUCCAUUACUGCCUUUACCUUGCUAUCACAAAAAAGGACUCAGACGUCCAAAUCCUGUCUGAAACAAGCAUAAAUUCCAUAAAGACGAUCAAACACUGAAGCUGUAAAUUCUUGUGAUCAAAUUGAAAAUAUGGAUCCCUACCCUGCUUGAAAGAGACGGAAAAAUAAUUAAUUAUGAAAAAAAAAUGAAAAAAAUGUGAAUCGAAUGUUGCGAGGUAUAUAAAGAAACGCAAA